UAUGUGGCGGGUCAGUACUGGGGGGCUGGUGUCGGGCCGGGGGGCCUUGGUGAGGAGGCUGUGGGGGGGUCUGCCCCCUAACCUGCCCCCUCUGCAGGCUGUGUUGGAGAGACACUCGGACCACGCCAUAAUCUUCAUCACUGAAUCCCAGUUUUGGCUGUUCAAUGACCUCUCUCUCCAGGAGGGCUACCCCCGCCCGCUCUCAGCGCUGAGGAAAGGGGGAGAGACAGAGGGAACGGGAGGAGAGGAAGGAGAGGAGGAGCAGGGCCUGAUGUGGGACCCAGAGGAAGGACCAAUGUGGGGGGACAUUGGAAAAGGGGAAGCAAGAGGAGAGGAAGAAGAGAGUGAGACCUGGACCAAGCUCAUCAGAGGAGGAGUGAACGGGAUUACGACAGAGAGAGACGGCUCCAUCUACCUCUUCAAAGGAGAUUCAUAUUGGAAGUUCCCCUACCCAGCCUCUGUCCCAGCGGUAGGAUACCCUCGAUCCCUGGCCACCGAUUGGUUGGACUGCCCUCACCCCUCCGCACCUGUCCUAGACGACUUCUCUCGCUCUCUGUCUCCCCCUACUGGACGGCAGGAGCUCCGUGAGAGGGGGAAGGAGGAGAGGGGGAGAGAAGAGAGGGGUGGCCAGAGCGGCCAUGGCCUAGACAGAGACACAGACACAGACAGAGAGGGACUGCAGCACUGGCCCUGCACUUGCCUGAAUGGAGCAAAAGUUAGCAGCAUGAGCAUGACUUCGUUCAUAUGUGCCCUGCUGUUGACUCUCCUCUCCCUGAUAACUGUGUGGUGUUAGGCUACGUUCCAAUACACUCGACGGCGUCCUCCGCUCACCCCCUUCUAUCCCAUGGCUACGUCCCAAUACUCAACAAUGGCCUCCCCCUUUCUCACCCCACCCCCCCCAUUCCCUCCAGGUUGUGGCUGCUGUUGUCAAUGGUGCUAGGCCCUUUCUCACCUUCCACUAUGACAAAGUUUACCAUGCACCCUUACAAUCCAUUCCACAUACCUACCCUUAGGUCUGUGAUACAGGGGAUGGGUUAGGAGAAGGUGGGAAUUUGGGACACAACCAAGAAGUCCCUACACCCCAAAGGAGGAAUGUUUGUCCUGGACAUUUCAGAUUAAUUAUGAACAGUUAUCUGCUGUUGGUGUACCUCUUUGUCUGUCUGUGAAAUGUAUCCAUUUAGCACCUUGUUGUACAGCCUACACUUGAUGAUUUCAGAACGUUUUAUCUGACCAAAUAAAAUAAAACAACUCUA